GAAGAAGAACAUCAGGAAGAAAUGAGAGCUAUUCAGGAGGAGGAAAGAGCCUCGGCUGAUCCUGAGGAACUGAGCAGACUUCAGGCAGAAUCUGACAGGUGGCAGACCCUCUACGAAGAGCUGCAAGCCAAAGUGGAGCCGUUCCAGGACCAGCUGGACGCCUUCGAGGCGGAGAAGAACGCCCUCUUGAGCCAGACGACGGUAGCGCAGGGAGAGAUGAAGCGGCUGGCUGACCAGUACGCCAACCUGCUGGGUCAUCAGAACCAGAAACAGAAGAUCCGCCACGUUCAGAAACUCCAGCAGGAGAAUGUCAAACUGAAACAGGAAGUGACCAAGUUGCGUGAGGAGUCGACCAAACACAAGCGGCAGACCCAGAAACUGCAGGACAAGCUGAACAGACAGCAGGGCGUGCGCAGGUUCGACCCUUCUAAAGCCUUCAAACACAAGGAGAAUGCAGACCCUGCAGCAGAUAACUCGAUGAUGUCCACGAUGUAGUCAUUCUGUAGUCAGAAGAAGGGAAACAAGACAGAUGUGACCAAAUAGUGUCCUGAUGAUUCUUUGUUUAUAUGUUAGCAUUGCUACCUUCUUCACCAAUACCUAUACAUGAUCUCAUUAUGUAAUACAUUGUGUCUGUCUGUCUGCAUGUGUGUGUGUGUCUGUCUGUCUGCAUGUGUUUGUGUGUGUGUGUGUGUGUGUGUGUGUAUGUUUAUAUGGGAAAGAACAAUCAAUUUCACUAAUGUCAUUUUGUAUAUUCCAAAGACUGGCAUCAUUUGAUGUUUUUCAAAAGCCAAUGAACUUGUUAACGUCAUGUUAAACUGUGUUGUGAGCAAGAUUGUAUGCUGUUGUUUGAAAGUAACAUUGUGAAAUAAAUUUAGUUGACAAUAUGUUUAGGUAGACUAUCAUGAAAUAAAGUUUAGAUUUGUUUUUAGAGGAAGGUGAUUCCAUUUUGAUAGUAGUUAUGUACAUUCAGUUAUUAACAGUUGUGUAAGAAUAGAUUAAGCAAAGCUUUCUCCUUUUUUCAUAAUACUAUAAGCAUCCUAUCUAUACACAGAUAUACCUAUACAAACCCAGGCAAACAUUGCAUUUUGCAAUGCCAUACAUUAGAGGUAAAUGUCAAACCAAUAGAACUUGCC